UUAUAGUCUGAAGAAAUGCCAAAGAAUAUUUGUAAGGUCUGUGAGAACGUGUGCAUCAGUUUCAUCAACUUCCAAGAGAGUUUCUGGAAGAAUGAAAAGUUGUUGCUGGAGAUUAUCAAUAAUUCAAAACUGAAAAUCAAGGAAGAGGUGAAUCUUAAAGAAGCUAGCAUAUCAAACGAUUCUCACAUCUAUAAAUGCAACAGUUGCAAUGAUGAAUUUGGCAGCAAGAAUGAGUUGACUGAUCACAGGCGCAUUUCUAAGCACAGCAGCAAAUCAAAUCCUUGUCAAGAAUGUGGAAAGGUUUUCAGCAGUAGUAAGUUGACGCAACACAUGAGGACGCACACAAAAGAGAAACCAUACGUCUGUAACAUCUGUAAACAAGGUUUUUCCAUGAGCGGUAAUUUGAAAAGGCAUAUGAUGACGCACACUGGAGAAAGGCCGCACGUUUGCGAGAUGUGCGGUAAAGGCUUCAUUCAAUCAACAUCUUUAAUAAACCACAGGAAGACGCAUUUAAGUAUACCGAAAGUCAACGUACAGACUUGCAGUUAUGACUGCAGGUAUUGUGGUAGAAGCUUUAAACGUCUGGCGAGGUACAACACUCAUCAAAGGAAACACUUUUCGGAGAAUGGUCGCGUGGCUGCGGUUAAAAUUGAUGAGCCAAAACCUAUUCCUAUGCCGGAGUAUAUCUGUGACAUUUGCAAGAGGUGUUAUAAGACUAAGAAUCUACUGAAAGCGCAUCAACUCACGCACGGCGAGAAGGCUUUCUUGUGUUCGGAUUGCGGCAAGCGGUUUUUCACCAAAGCAGCAUUGGAAUCACAUUUAAAAGUUCAUACUGGCGAAAAGCCUCAUACCUGUAACGUGUGUCAAAAGUCCUUCGCACACGUUGGAAGCUUCGAAACGCAUAUGCUUAUACAUCUAGGAGUAAAGCCUCAUACCUGUAAGCAAUGCUCCAAAGUGUUCACGCAGUUGUCACAUUUGAAGUACCACCUUCGUACUCACAGUGGAGAACGUCCAUAUAUUUGCUCUUUGUGUGGUAAAAGCUUUGCUCUGAAAGGGAAUUUGACUGUGCACACUAGGAUACAUACAGGAGAAACACCGUAUACUUGCGACGUUUGCGGGAAAGGCUUCUACGAUUCUAGCAGCAUGAAGAAGCACAGCCGGAGCCACGAUAUUGUUCUGAUUUCUGCUAACAAAGAUUCAUUACCAUCUGCCGCUACCAGUGUUUAAAAUAAUAUAACAAUUCUUUAUUUUAUUGUUUGUGAUAUAUUUACUGACAA